CCGCUUCUUCAAAAAGCACGUGGAGAAGAUGGCGAGCGAAUAUUAUGAUAACUUAGACGAUGAAAACAAAAAAAAUAUAUGAUAAAAAACUUACAUUGAAAGAUGGAAGUAAAUUACCCGACCCAUGUUCUUUAAAAAAUUGGGACUGUGAUGUUUUUAACCUUCCAAACAUGGGAUAGGGAGAUAUGGAGCACUAUUUAAUACACUCUCCCAAUGAGUUUACUCAAGAGUCUUUGAAAGCGUACAAAUCUUUAGAGGCCUAUAAUUUUUUUUAUUUGUGGGCACGUACAAGAUGUCUACCACCACGUUAUUAGUGAUACAGAUUUCUGUUUCAUAAAAUCAGAGGAUUUUGAUGGUGGAUUGAGAUGGUGUUAAAUCUAAUAGAAUUUUUACCAAAACAAACGGUAUUGACAGUAGGAAGAUUGAUUAAUCCAGCCUUUUCUGCAGGAGUGCUCUGGGAAUGGUUAAAGUCAACCGCAAAAGUAUUCUGGAUAUUAGCAGGCAUUUUAUCAUGAAAGAGCUUAUGCAAAAACAGAAUGUUCUGACACUGGACAAUAUCAUUGAAUUUGAGGAUGUCCAGAUUGCCAUAGAUGAUACUAGAUGAUGCUCUUCGAGAUUUAAAAGUCAUUAGUCCGAUAGCAAAAUUUUGUAAAACAGCAAUACGAUUAACAUCAAGACUGUUUGGUUGACUCCAGAUUUGAUUACAAUAUUGCAGGUGGGAAUGAAAAAUGGCAUAGUAGACUAGGAUAAGGACAUUUUGAGGCACAAAAUGAUGAAGUUUAGCUAAAGCUCCACUAGCCCUCUUGAACUUGGCAACAGUAUUAUUGAUCUGAGUCUUCCAGCUUAAAUCAGAAUCUAAUAGAACACCAAGAUAUUUAAUAGAAUCACUAGGCAUAAGCCUUUUACCAUUGAUGACAAGCCUAACAUCAUAUUUAAGAGGACAAUGGAAUUCCUAAAAGAUCCAAACCGAACACCUAACCCAUUAAAGAAUGCAAAUUUAUUAUCACAGUUCUUUUUCUGGUACAUGAAUAAAACCUUUUCAUUGGGUAGUUCUCGUCCACUCGAAAAAGGUGAUGUCCAUGAUAUAACAGAUAAAGAAUCGUCAGAACUUUUGUCUGAAGAAUUAGAAAGAAAUUGGCUAGUGGAAAAGACUGCAAAGAAAAAUCCAAGUUUAUUCUUCUGUCUUUUGAAAAUGAGAGGAUGUAUCCUAUUACUUUGUGGUUUUAUGCUAUUCAUCACUGAGUUAUUAAAGAUAUGUCAGACAGUUUUUCUACAACAACUUAUACAGAACUUCUCAGAUUCUGACUUUGGUAAAGACAAUUCGGCAUAUUUCUGGGCAGUUUCGCUUUCAGCUUGUUUGAUUGCUUGUUGGGCAUUACUUCAUCAUUCAUUUCAUGUAGUGGAAAAAACUGGCACUCGACUAAAGAUUGCUUGUAUUGGUGUGAUCUAUAAAAAGGUUCUUCGCCUAAGUAAUCAUUCUUUGGCCAGAAUAACAUCUGGUCAUAUAGUGACAUUAAUCUCAUCUGAUGUUCAUAAAGUUCAAGAGGGAUUCAAUUUUUUGUGUUAUUUGUGGAUUUCACCAAUACUACUAGCAAUUGGAGUUGUUAUAUUAUGGAGAGAGAUAGGUCCAUCUUGUCUUGCUGGUAUUGGUGUAUUGAUUAUCACCAUACCUAUUCAGAUAUGGUUUGGGAAGUUUUUUGCGUAUAUGAGGUCAAAAACGGUAGCUAAGACAGAUCAGCGUGUCAACAUCAUGAAUGAAGUCAUCACGUCAAUGCAAGUUACAAAAAUGUAUACAUGGGAAGAUUCAUUUGCUGAAAUGGUCAACAAAGUGCGAUGUGAUGAGAGUAAUCGUAUUUUGAAAACUGCUAUGGCUCGUUCUCUCAAUAACACCAUGUUCUCUGUCAGUCCGUACUUGGUUUCAUUAGCAACAUUUUCGUUGUUUUAUGUGUAUGGAAGUGGCAUUACACUGGCAAAGGUGUUUCUAGUUUUAAAUAUAUUCUUCACGAUCCGUUUAAGUGUUGUAUUAUUUUUUCCAAUGGAAAUACUGAUGCUAACAGAAUCUUAUGUAAGCUGCAAGAGAAUUCAGGCCUUUUUACUUGAGAACGAACAAGCCCAGAUCAAAUCCAGUACUGCAGGACAAACUUAUCCUGAGGCGCCUUUAAAAACAGAAGCUUUGAUGCAUUUCGAAAAUGUAACUGCAGCUUGGAAUAAUGAUUUAGAAGAUGUAAUAUGUGAUUUAUCCUUCAAAGCAGAUUUAAAGAAUUGCUUGGUUAUGAUUGUCGGAACGGUUGGAACAGGGAAGUCAUCCAUCUUAAUGGCAGCAAUGAAUGAACUUUAUGUCAAAAAAGGAAACAUCAUAAAAAAUGGAUCUCUUGGAUAUGCUGCACAACAAGCAUGGAUAUUUUCAGGGACACUUCGGAGCAAUGUUUUGUUUGGACAAGAAUUUGAUAAAAAGCGAUAUGAGAAAACAAUAACAGCAUGUGCUUUGAAACAGGACCUAGAAUCAUUUGCGAAAGGAGAUUUGACAUUGGUUGGUGAGCGGGGUGUGUCACUAAGUGGUGGUCAGAAAGCCAGAAUCAGUUUAGCUAGGGCAGUUUAUUCUAAUGCAGAUAUCUAUUUACUGGAUGACCCGUUAAGUGCAGUUGAUGCUAAAGUUGGAAAAUAUAUCUUUGAAAAAUGUAUUAGAGGUUUGCUUCGGAAUAAAGUUGUUAUUCUUGCCACCCAUCAAAUUCAGUAUUUGCAGCACGCGACUAAUAUUGUUUGCUUGAAAGAGGACUCCAGUACAGUAGCAAGUUCUGUACACGAGUUGUCCGAGAAAGGUGUGAAUUUGGUCAGUAUUCUUGAUUCAGAAUCACAAGAGAAGAGGCAGAAUCACGAUGCAGCAAUAGAAGCCGAAGAUGAGCACAUGGGUGGACAAAAUGACACCCUUUCAGGAAUAACUUUAGAUAUUGGAGAGAAAAAUAAAAGACUACAUGGAUCAAUUCAGUCAUUAAACAGUUUUCAUAGCAACUAUGAGAAGGAGGAAGAGACGGAGGAAGAAGAAAAUAGAAAUCGUGGUGCCAUCCCAGCCAAAUUGUACUUGGAGUACUUCAUACAAGGUGUUGGGUGGAUUUCAACAUUAGCAUUGCUUUUAUCUUUGGUGGCUAGUCAGGUGAUGUUAACUUUUACUGAUUAUUAUCUUGCUGAAUGGGCAAGUGGUGAAGAACAGCGCAAUGGAAAUGUCACAAUUACUGCCAAGUUUUAUGUUAACAGUGAUCCAGACAUUAAUGUAUAUGUACUCGCCUCCCUUGUGGUUGCCUGCUUUCUGAUAAACUUCUUCCGCACAACAUAUUUUUAUGCCACACUUGUCAAGUGCAGUCGAGAGUUACAUAACUUGAUGUUUAAAGCAGUUUUAAAAGCACCUAUAUACUUCUUCGAUACCAAUCCAGUAGGCCAAAUUUUAAACCGUUUUUCUCGUGAUGUGUAUUUCAUGGAUGAUGAGCUACCAUGGACAUUCUUUGAUUUUGCUUCUCUCUCCUUAUUAACAUUAGCGAUAAUCAUAUUAAACUGUGUCAGCGUUCCAUAUCUAACAGUUCUUGUCAUUCCAUUGAUGAUCAUAUUCUUCUAUGCAAGACGUUAUUACAUGAAAAGUUCUCGUGAAUUACGAAGAUUGGAAGCUGUAUCUCGGAGUCCAUUGUACACACACAUUUCUGCAACAUUAGCUGGCAUCACAACUGUCCGCUCGUUUGAUAUUCAAGAGAAAAUUCUUCACGAAUUUUAUGCAUGUCAAGAUUAUCAGACAGGAGCUUGGUUUAUGUUUUUAUCAGGCUCCAGGUGGUUUUCCCAGCGUUUGGAUCUUUUGACUGUUGUCUUCUCGAUUUGCUCCACAUUUGCACCAAUAGUUGCUGCUCCAUACAUAGACAUUGACGCAGGUCUGGCUGCUGUCAGUUUGUCAUAUAUCUUGAUGUUAUGUGGUAUGUUUCAAUGGUGUGUACGGCAAAGUGCAGAAGUAGACAAUUUGAUGACAUCUGUAGAGAGGGUGUUUGAAUAUACAAAGCUAGAACCUGAACCUGAUAAUGGCGCAAGUAAGGAUUUGAGAGAAACAUGGCCAGAGUAUGGAUUAAUAUCUGGCGAAGGAGCUUCGUUUGCAUAUCAUUCAUCACUGCCGUAUGUUUUGAAAAACUUAUAUUUCUGUAUUCAACCCAUGGAAAAGGUUGGUAUUGUCGGACGGACUGGUGCAGGCAAAAGCUCAUUUCUUUCCAUGUUGUUUCGAAUGGGUAAUAUUACUGGAACAGUUCAAAUCGAUGGAUAUCCAAUUUCUGGUUUAAAAUUAAAAGACUUGAGAAAGUCGAUAUCAAUUAUUCCACAGGAUCCUGUUAUGUUUAGUGGAAGUUUGCGAAAGAAUCUUGAUCCGUUUAAUGAGUAUACGGAUGCAGAUGUUUGGGAAGCUAUAGAAGAGGUUCAAUUGAAAGAUAGUGUGAUGGAGUUACCAGGCAGACUGCAAUCAGAGAUAACUGAAGCAGGUUCCAACUUGAGUGUUGGAGAACGUCAACUACUUUGCUUAGCACGUGCAUUGUUAAAGAAGAACAAGAUUAUAGUGAUUGAUGAAGCAACUGCUAAUGUGGACAUGGAAACUGAUGCUCUGAUCCAGCAAACCAUACGAGAAAAGUUUAAAGAAUGCACCGUGCUCACUGUUGCCCAUCGAUUAAACACUGUAAUGGAUUCUGAUCGUGUUAUGGUGAUGGAGGAUGGAAGUGUAAUAGAAUUUGACGAACCGUAUCAGCUUUUACAAGAUUCAACAGGCUCCUUUCGCAAAUUGGUCGAUCAAGCAGGCAGCCACGAAGCCAAGAGACUAGAAACACUUGCAAAAAAAGCAAAUCAAUUACGCUGUCGGAGCGAAUCACGACAACAUAACGACACAUAUCCGCGAUCCUAUACUGAAAGAGAGAACGAGCAACAAACCCAAAACUGGGAAAUAUCUUUUUCUGAAAGGUCAGCGUAAAGUUUUAUCACCCAAUUAAUUCAUAUUAAUUAAUUUUUAUGAGAUUAGGCCUGUAUUGCAUAUAGGCCUUACAAAAUUAAUUACUUUUUAAAUCAAUGCUUUUUUAUGUACCAACAAAAAGUAAAUAGUUAAUUCUUCGUGAAAGAAAGCCAUUGCGGAUAUUCUAAUCAGUUAUUGAAAGCCUGGAGGUCUUCGUGAAGAAAGAAAAAGGAGGAAUGUUUGAAGAUCAACGGAUUGCCUUUUAUUGAAUUUUCUUUUCUAUAGUUUUUAUUUAGAAGCGUUAUAUUAAUUUUUGUUACAUUAGAUUGUAGAAAACAUUUCGUUAAUACAUAGUUUAUUAUACCUACAAAACUCUUAAUUUCUGAAGUGUGAAAGAUGAUUUUCGCAUUUGUUUUCUGUUCAUUUAAA